AUGAUUCACCGCGGAAAUUGGCGAUCUCGGGGCAAUACGAACAACCGAGGAGGACCCAACAGCUUCAGAAAGCGCAAUCUGUCGGAAACAUUAUGUGUGCACUUUCAACGUGGCAGGUGUCACUACGGUGAGAGGUGCAGAUUCUCGCACGAUGUGAAUAAGGCUUCCGACUUCAAGUCAAAUCCGGCUGCAUACCAUCCCACAACCCAUGAUCUGGACGCUCGGAAUCAAUACUUCGACUGGAAGAGACUUCUUAGAAAUGGGAUCUUAUGGCCUGGAUAUUCUCGAAGGGAACAUGAAGAGAUCGUUCAAUUCUGGAACGGGGCUCUUGAAAUUCUUGACAGUGACAGCAGAGAGAAUCAUCAAUUCCUCGCCAAAGAUCUCGUGGACGACGAUCUUCAUGGAUAUGAUUUUAUCCUGGCAACUGCAGAUGCAGACAAUCCAGAGGGAGUGCGACAUAUUCCAACUUACAACGAGCUAUUUCUCAAAGUCAUUACCCAUACUUCUCUCUUGAACUGUCUUUCUGUCGAUUCAUUUGUUGGCACUUUGUACACAUCCUUUGGUGGUACGAAUGGAGAUCGAGCAAUCAGAUAUCUGAGAAAAGAGGAGACCAACGAAAAUGUACCGGUUAUCUCCCUGGACAUGAUCAAGUUACUGUUGAAUACCCUGUAUCAACUUUUGUCAAGAGUCCGAUGCGCUCGAUUCCAUGAUGAAAUUCCCGCAUUGCUCGACCUAAUCCGCGAAGUGGGCUCCCAAAUUACCGAAACAUGCUCGAAGGCCGAUAUUGACGGACUUGAAAGCAGAAUAGAAGUCAUGCAGAGCCUGAUCGCUAGCGCAAACCGCAGUCUUUUUACACCCAAGGUAUAUGAGAAAAAUCCCCAGAAGAGUGGAUCGGCCCUUUCUUCUUUUCCGCUGGAUAUGCAAACCCCUGGUGGGAGACACGACAACGACCUUACAGAAAUUUCUCAAGUUCAGAUCCUUCCUACUUAUGGAGAGAUUGUCAGCGGCAAUUCAGAAUAUCUACCCUCUACCAACUUCCUUCAGCCGCACUUUCUCCCCAACCCUUUGCAAAGAUACAUUGACUCAACAUUCCGGCUCCUGCGCCAUGAUAUCUUCGGCUCAGCUAAAGAUAUCCUUCGAUAUCUGCUGCAGCAGAAUGAUUUGACACGACUUUCAUAUUUCUCAAGCAAAGAUAGCGGGGCACAUCUCUAUCUAGGAGCACAGAUCCCCCAAAUAUUUAUCAAUGAGAGAAAUGAGCUCGAAGCGACCGUGUCCUUUGCUAGUCCACUACAAGUCCGCAAAAAGGCAUCCAAUGAGCAAUGCAGAUGGUGGCAAGACUCCAAUCGACUAGAAGAAGGAAGCCUAGUGUGUUUCUUGACCUCCCAAGAAACUCACAGGAGGCUUAUUUUCCUCGAGGUCACUGUGAAGAAUGCUUCCAAGGACCGAGCCCACCAGAACAAGAGCAGUCUUGUUUCUGAUAGGUUUUCACCUAGUAUUACGGUCAAGCUUGCGGCAUGUCUACAACAAGAACUGAUCCUCCUAGGCCAGCUUUACAGCAAGAAAGUCACCGGAGAGUUGGCAUUCCAAAAAUGGAUCUUGCCAUGCCAUAAGGAUGAUGAAGAUAGUCACAGCAUACCCCCACCGGCAUACGCGCGUAAUCCAGGGUUCAUCUUUCCUCUGACUUCGAUCACAACUGUUGGAGCCGAAAAGGUUACAUUGGACCCGAGUACCCCUGAAUCUAUUGACCUCUUGAAGCUGCAAACUCAAACUGGUCUCGACCAGGGCCAGUGCCAGGGACUUAUCGCGGCCCUCACACGAGAGUAUGCCCUCAUCCAAGGCCCACCAGGCACCGGAAAGUCCUAUCUGGGUGUUAGGCUUGUUCAAGUCCUCCUCGAGAUCAAGGAAAAGGCAAAGUUAGGCCCAAUUCUUGUGAUCUGCUAUACCAACCAUGCCUUGGACCAAUUCUUAAAGCAUCUUCUUGAUGUUGGUAUCCAGAAAAUCAUACGUAUUGGUGGCCGCAGUCAGGCCACUGAGCUUGAAGGCAAGAACCUUCGCGUUGUCAGUAAAGACAUUGGGAAGACGAGGGUAGAGUCGCAAACCCUCGGCAUGUCCUACGGGGGACUUGAGGACUGCAUGAGGAGUGCUGGAUAUGCAAUGAAACCUCUACAUCAGUCUCAAAAAGGCCUGACUUGGGCCGCGAUGGAGCAUUUCUUGCGCCGAAAAUGGCCUAUUAUACAUGAACAACUGAACCGACCAGACAUAGAAGGAUUCACAACUGUCACUGAUGAUAAAUUACUCAACUGGCUUAAAACCAAAUCGAUGAAAACCCAGAAAGACCAGAAUGAGAGUGGAGUUGACGAUGUGCGCUUGGAAGGCCUCACACGCGCUGCGAAUGAAAAUAUUCACAGUCUCUCGAUACCGGAACGCCGGGUUCUUGCAAUGAGCUGGUUUAAACAGUGGCAGGAAAUCGAAACCGCUUCGCUUUUUGAGUCUCUUGAUCGCGCUGCAAAUCUUCGCCGAGACAUUAAUGCAGUCCAUGAAGAGGUCAACCGCCGAGCAUUGAUUCAAGCAGAUGUAAUAGGAAUCACGACCACAGCCCUUGCGCGCCAUAUUGAGACACUGCGUCGAGUAGGAACAAAGGUCAUUAUAUGCGAGGAAGCAGCUGAGGUAAUGGAAGCCCACGUCAUCUCAGCCCUGAUGCCAGGGGUUGAACACUUCAUUCAGAUUGGGGAUCAUCGACAGCUGCGACCACAGAUUCAAAAUCAUUCACUUAGUCUUGAAACAUCCACAGGAAAGACAUGGCAGCUAGAUAGAAGCCAGUUUGAGAGACGCGCUGUUGGUGAGCCAGGUCUCAAGCCAGCCCCUAUCGCACAGCUCAAUGUACAGCGAAGAAUGAGACCUGAGAUCUCGCAACUUAUCAGAAGCGUCUAUCCAAAACUCGAGGAUCAUGAAAGCGUGCUGAAUCUACCCAAUGUUGUUGGGAUGUGGAACAAUCUCUUUUGGCUGGACCAUCGAUGCGAUGGAGAUUCAAGAGAUGACGGCAGCCGUGUUAAGUCUCAUAGCAACCAGUGGGAGGUUGAUAUGGCUACUGCUCUUGUUCGGCAUCUUGUUCGGCAGGGAGAGUACAAGAGCACGGAUAUUGCCCUCUUGACACCCUAUACCGGGCAGCUGCGGAAGCUCAGGGCAUCGCUAGCCAAAGAUUUCGAAGUUUGUCUCAGCGAGCGGGACUUGGAGACCUUAGCCGCGGAUGGACUUGAGAGGUUCGAAGAUGAAUAUCCUGAGUCAAAUGGUCGCAAGGCAUUCGAGAAGAAGACGUUGCUCCAGACGCUCCGCCUUGCUACCGUCGACAACUUCCAAGGCGAGGAGGCAAAGGUGAUCGUUGUCUCCCUAGUCCGCAGCAACUCAAAGCACAAGGUUGGAUUCCUACGUACCGAAAACCACAUCAACGUGCUCCUCAGUCGAGCUCAGCACGGCAUGUAUCUCAUUGGAAAUGCUGAAACAUACCUCAAUGUCCCAAUGUGGGCCGAUGUCCACUCUCAGCUCGCCCGUGCGAAUGCAGUCGGCACGGAGUUGGCUCUCUGUUGUCCUCGCCAUUCAGACACGCCUAUUCUUUGUUAUGAACCUCACGAUUUUGAGAGGAAGAGCCCUGAAGGUGGGUGUAGUCUCCAGUGUACCCGUCGACUCGAGCGAUGUGGUCAUCAAUGCCAGGCUAAGUGCCAUUCGGCGGUCAUGCAUGAGGGCUUUGCAUGUGGGAAACCUUGCCCACGUAUCCGAUCAACCUGUGAGCACGAAUGUCCCAAGCUUUGUGGUGAAGAUUGUGGCCCUUGCAUGGCGAAGAUUCAAGACGUGGAGCUUCCUUGUGGUCAUAUCAAGGAAGCUGUCUUUUGCCAUCAGAUGUCUAACUUGAAAGUCAUUAAAUGUGACGUAAAGGUCGAAAGGAGUGUUCCUAAAUGUGGCCAUAAAAUUCAGGUUGGCUGUUACAAAGACGUCACGUCCCCGAUCUUCUGUUGCCCUAAGCCAUGCACCGACAUUCUCAGCUGUGGCCACAACUGCAAUGGUUGCUGCGGAAAUUGUCUCCAAGAGGUCCAUGACGGAAGAAGAGUAUUUAAGCACCCGAAGUGCACGAAAAUAUGUGACCGCCCCCACGGUGUUUGCAAUUAUAGGUGUCCCAAGAUAUGUCAUAAUGAGGAGAGCUGCGGUUACUGCGAGGCAGAAUGCGAAGUUAGAUGCUCACACUCAGCGUGCGACUUGACCUGCGGAAAGGCAUGUGCACCAUGCAUCGAAAGUUGCACCUGGUCCUGCAAACACCAAGGCCCCUGCUCAAUGCCUUGCGCAGCAAUAUGCGACCGGCUUCCUUGCAAUGAGCGAUGCACUGAGAUCCUCAAAUGCGGCCAUCAAUGCCCGAGCCUCUGCGGGGAAGACUGUCCGAACAAUCUGUGUCAAGAGUGUGGCGACAAGGGGGACGCGCGUGUCGACUUCCUUGAAUGGAAAACAUAUUCCGAAAUCAGUCUCGAUGAGACUCCUAUCGUCGUGCUUGGAUGCGGCCAUUUCUUUACCAGUGAGUCCGUUGAUGGGUUGGUUGGCCUGGAUGAAGUAUACACGAAAGACAAAGAUGGAAAAUUCGACGGUCUCCGAGAUGUCUCUUCUUCUCUUGCCAGUGUCAUACCAUCGUGCCCGGACUGUAAGCAGCCCAUUCGCCAGUUUGUGACGAAACGUUACAACCGUGUUAUCAACCGUGCUGUUAUGGAUGAGACUUGUAAAAGGUUCCUUAUCAAGGGUCGCACAGACCUUGAAGGCCUUGAAUCGCGUCUGAAUGACAUUGAAGACAAGCUCGACUCUAAGCAAGGGUUGGUGGGGGUGGGGGACACUGAAUUACGGCUUAAAGCACGAUAUGCAGCCUGUGCACGCCUUGCGACGGAGGCUUUAGCUCUCGGCAAAGCCAUGGGGGCCGAGAAUCGGCCGAUGAAACGGCUCAUGGAUGCGAUUGCCAUCUACCGGAAGUCACCAAGGGACGAUGUAGUCUCCCUCUCAGCCCGAAUGGAGGCGAUGAAUAUAGCAACACGAAAAUCCGACAACCAGAUCACCCUCGGCGCACGGUUAAUUCACAUUAAGUCCAAAGAAGUCAUAUUUAGCGAUGCCUUCAGAGUGAUAGAUGCAAGCGGAAAAUCUGCAACACCACCAAGGCUCAGCUUUGCCAAACCAUCAUCCUUGACUCAAGUACUGAAGGAUUGCCGAGAUUUGAUAACUCAAGCCAAUGAAGGAAAUUUCUCCCGCAUCGUCAUCACGGCGACCAUCUCAUUCGCCAAAAUCGCCCAGCUGGAUGCGUGGUAUCACCGCUCUCAUCCAGGGGAAACAACAAGCGAUCUACAUCUCGAAGGAAAAACCGGUCUAGAAAAUCUCGAAGAUCGCUUUCAAACCACCCGCGAUCUCCUCGCGGCUGCGUUAAAACUAUGCGAUGAAUUGAGGAACUGUCCUGAGCUCCAACAAAAGGUCCAGGAGAUGUUCCGCCUCUAUGAGGGAACUCGAUACGAAACAGUCACUUUAGAAGAACUUCAAUCAAUCAAGACUGCCAUGGUUAGUGGGCGAGGAGGAAUUGCGACUCACUCUGGGCACUGGUACAAUUGCGUCAACGGACAUCCGUUUGCUAUUGGAGAGUGCGGUAUGCCAAUGGAGCAAGCUCGAUGCCCUGAAUGUGGAGCACCUAUUGGAGGUCAAAAUCACACAGCCGUUGAGGGCGUUUCUCGAGCGCGGGAAAUGGAGUAG